ACUGUCUUCACCACACAACCGUCAUCAUGGGCGCCGCCUCCUCCAAGGCUGCAAAAAAAUAUCCAAAGAUGGCUGAGAAACCGUCCUGGGCAGGUGCUAGAACGCCUCGUACUGCAGAAACAAUACCCAGACCCAGGGCUAGUGAGGUGAAAAAUCAAGAUAUCGAGCGCGAUGCCCAAGACCCUCAUUUUUUGUCUAAUUUGAACAAACUGGGCCCAGUACGCGUGGAUCAUCAUAUGCAAUCUUUCCAGCCGGCUGCGUCCAAGAGCAGCAUGCUUCGCUCGCGCGCCCGCGCUGAAAUGGAAGAAACAUCAAGUGCUGGACGCAAUGUCUAUGCUGCGACACUCAGUUCUAUGCUUAAUCAACAAAAAUCAUGCACCACGCGUCUCGACAUCGAAACUCUCGCUCGGAACUAUAAAAUCGAUAUCCAAAAACUGAAAAGUAUUUCAAAGUUUGUCAACAGUCCUAGCGUCGACUCCAGUUCCCUUGUCAAAACCGUGGACAAAGAUGGCAACGAGAGCCGGAGCAUGCUGGCUGUAUGGAUUAAACCGAACCUUCGCGAAUGAACACGAUAUUCCACAAUUGAACGCUUCGUCUUUUAACCAUGAAAGCCAUGGGACAGUGAGUGCCCAUACAUUGCGUCAUCUAAAGCAGCACAACAAGAGCAGUCCCCGGUUAAAUUGUACUGAUAUGUAGCAACACUAAUAAUGAUUCGCUACCAACUCAUC